GCUGGAAUGCAUGGGUGCAAUUACAGCAGACUGCAGUCUUCAGCUCCUGACCUCAUGCAAUCAUCCUGCCUCAGCUUCCUGACUGCAGGUGCACACGGGGACUACAGGUGUGUACUAACACGCCCAGCCUUUUUUUUUUUUUUUUUUUUUUUGGUAGAGAUGUGGUCUCGCUUUGUUGCCCAUACUGGUCUCCAACACUUGGCCUCAAGGGAACCUCCCACCUUGGCUUCCCAAAGUGCGGAGAUUUCAGUGUCAUUUUCUUUCUCUCUCUGCAUUAAUCAAGAACAAGAGAACCCUCCAGGGGACAAGAUGAAGGGGAAAGAGAUGAUAUGCAAAUAAAUCCUUGCUUUAUGUGGGGGAAAAAUGUUCCCCAUGAAGUUCAACAAAACAAUGCAGGUAAAGCAGUUAGCUAGUGCUUGGCACAUGGCAGACACUCAGCUGCCUGAGGCAUUGGAGAGCUGGAUCAUGGUGGAGCCAGAGGCACCUGCACAGCCUCAUGGGCUGGCUGCUGCAGGGUGUGGCUGUCUGAGAGUGCUUUCCUGAGUUGGCCUAAGUUAGGUCACUUUCCUGAGAGCUAUGGCACAGUUGGUAACAUGCCAUAGCUCUCAGGAAAGUGACCUAACUUAGAUUUUUCUGCAUGGACAUAGAAUUGCCAAAAAAUUCUCAUUUGCAUGGAGAUAGGGAGUUUAUUUUCCUAGAAGCUACAUGUCAAGACCCAGAAGAAUGAGGCAGUUCAUAAUAAUGAUUAAUCAGCUCUAUCUUAAAGAAGAAAGAAAACAAUUAAGGAAAUAAGAUACUAAGAAAACAAGGGGAAAAACAAUCUCCGCAAGGUGGAUCCACCCAGCAAACCUUGACAGCAUUUCCUCUUAUCCACCUGAAUAAAAAUGACCAGCCCUUUCCAAAUGGCAGAGAGCACUGAGAGGAGAACUGAGGAGCAACCGGCAAACGCCAAGUGAGAGGCAUGAAGUUACAGUCUGUUUCCCUCUGGCUCCUGGGUAUAAUUCUGAUUUUGUGCUCUGUGGACAGCCGUAGUUUCAGGAGAUGUCUGAUUUCCACAGACAUGCACCAUAUAGAAGAGAGUUUCCAAGAAAUCAAAAAAGCCAUCCAAGCUAAGGACACCUUCCCAAAUGUCACUGUCCUGUCCACAUUGGAGACUCUGCAGAGCAUUAAGCCCUUAGAUGUGUGCUGUGUGACCAAGAAUCUCCUGGCGUUCUAUGUGGACAGGGUGUUCAAGGAUCAUCAAGAGCCACACCCCAAAAUCUUGAGAAAAAUCAGCAGCAUUGCCAACUCUUUCCUCUACAUGCAGAAAACCUUGCAGCAAUGUCAGGAACAAAGGCAGUGUCACUGUGGGCAGGAAGCCACCAAUGUCACCAGAGUCAUCCAUGACAACUAUGAUCAGCUGGAGGUCCGCUCUGCUGCCAUUAAGUCCCUGGGAGAGCUCGAUGUCUUUCUAGCCUGGAUUGAUAAGAAUCAUGAAGUAACAUCCUCAGCUUGAUGACAAGGAGCCUGUGUAGUGAUCCAGGGAUGAACACCCCCUGUGCAGUUUGCUGUGGGAGACAGCCCACCUUGAAGGGGAAGGAGAUGGGGAAGGCAUCUGUGUUUAUCCGAAUGAGAAAACUCCUUGCGAAUUUGGAAUUCUCUUCUCUGGGGUUGGGGAGAACCUGGGUUUGGGCCGAUCUCGCCUUGCAGCUGAAAGUCCCAUUGGCUGGCCUCAGGCUGUCUCAUCCCACUUGAAAAUAGCCAAAAAGUCUACUGUGGUAAUAAUGAUAAACUCUAUCCACUGAAAGGGCCUGCAGCCCAUCUUGGGAGAAAGGACUGCCCCCUCUCUAAUUUAUUGUGAAGUCAUAUAGUCCAUGUCUGUGAUGUGAGCGAGUGAUAUCUUGUAGUACACAUUGUACUGACUGGUUUUUCUGA